AUGCCGUUGGUGCCUGCGUGUAAAGAAGCCUUCCUCCUCUGUCCCUCUCCCUCCCCACAGGACCGGGCUUGGGACGAGACCAAUGCCCGAAUCUUCCCCAAAACCGUCCAGCUUCUUCGGGAAAUUGGGGCCCCCACGGUGGAGGUCUUCUUUGCCAAGCAGAAGGGAAAGACGGGGAUCCAGCCGCAUUCGGACGGCUGCAACUUCGUCUUGACGGCUCACCUGGGUGUGGACGUGCCGGAGGGGGAGUGUUGGAUCAAGGUGGGGGGGCAGAAGGAGGAAUGGCGGAACGGGAAGGCUCUGGCCUUCGACACGCACUACUUCCACGAGACGGGCAAUGCCAGCGACAAGGACCGUUACGUGCUUUUGAUGCGGUUUUGGCACCCUGGUGUCACGCCCAAGGAGCGGGAGGCGUUGCAGUACGUGUUUGACGCCCUGGAUGGGCCCCAGGCGCAAACGGACAUGGAUUUUGAAUAUUUGAACGGGCUCGCCGAAGCCCAGCUGGCGAGUCGACGGGUGGAGGAGGUUGAGGAGGAUGGGUGA